GGAACAGAUAGAUAUUUGAGCCAAAUACAGAUUUUGGGAAAAAUGACCUGGCAACGCUGGACACAGCAAAGAAAAAAAAAUUUAUAUUGUCCACCAAUAUGGCAAAAGAAUCAUUGUCUUCGAGUCAAAAAGUGUGGAAACCCGAAUUAUAUAAAAUUCAACUAGAAGCACCUACACCAAACGCGGUUCAUUGCGAACACUUGAAUGAAAUUCGGCCAGAUUUCUACGGUUGCGAGUACCAUGGCACAAUGAACCACAAAGAAUGCAAUAUUAUACUCUCCGAUAAGCCGGAUGGAUCAUUCUUAAUCCGUCGAAGUCCUGGAGCUGAUGGAUUUUGGACAUUGAGUUUGCGAUUCGCCCAACAAACAAAACACUUCAAAGUUUAUCAUUCGAACGAUAAGGGUCACUUCUUGAAAGAGAAUUUUAAAAAAUUUGUCACUGUGCAAGACUUAGUGGCAGAUGGACUUAUAGAUUUCUAUAUGCAAAUGCAUGCUGGACCAAUAAUACAACAAAUGAUGUGUCAAACGAAAAACUGCUAUGAACAAAGCCCUUAUAUGACUCUCAAUAGACGUAAGUUACGAGUCCUGUCUAAUGAGCUUCGGAAGUCAUCUAAACUAGCUCUGCAUAAUAAUGAUAACACCAAAGUCAAUGUUGCUAAUAGUCUUGAUAGUAUAUCCGCAAACAUGAUAAUACAUGAAUCUAUUGAAUAUGCAUUACCUGGAGUAUAUGAUAAACUACAUGCAUUCAAGACGCACACCUUUAAAGGGCUUAAUUGGUGUGAAUUUUGUGCUAAUUUUUUGUGGGGGUUUACAUCACAAGGCGUUAAGUGUGAAGAUUGUGGUUUCGUGGCACAUAUCAAAUGUUCAGAGUUGGUGCCAGCGAAAUGCGUCCCUGACUUGAAACGACUUCGUGGUAUUUUUGGUGUAGACUUAACAACACUAGUUACAGCACAUAGAAGUAAAAUACCUUUCAUUGUUACAAAAUGUGUCGAAGAAGUAGAACGAUACGGUAUGCUGCAGGAAGGAAUUUAUCGGAUUUCUGGAUUUGCGGAUGAAAUUGAAGCUCUAAAGAUGGCAUUUGAUAAGGAUGGAGAAAAGACUGACUUGUCCACUUUUGCUUACAGCAAUAUCAAUGUAAUAUCGGGAGUGCUUAAACUGUAUUUACGGCUGCUCCCAGUACCUUUGGUCACGUUUCAUUCGUAUGCCUCGUUCAUGCAAUCAAUGUCUCCACAUAUGAUAGGCGAAGAAGUUCUUUUGCUGCGGGCAGCUACGAGACAAUUACCUUUAGCACAUUUCAACUGCCUAAAGUAUAUACUUGAACAUCUUAACCGCAUUGCAUCGCAUCAUGAAAUAAACAAAAUGAAUGAAUCAAAUCUUGCCACCGUUUUUGCACCUACAUUAAUGGCUACACCUCAUUAUAUGACCGACUUAUCUCAAGAAAUUAAUAUGCUGACGGCGUUAAUAAAACAUUGUAACUCUAUUUUUCUAUGAAACGAAUGUAUUGUGUAUAAAGAAUGUAAAAGAUGUGAAUAAAAACGGUUUCAAAAAUGAUUUUUUCGUGUUUGAUCAGUUUAACAGAUCUGCAGAUAAUGGGCCUUAUUCUACGAGUCGUGUAAUGUGGCUCGACAAAACUCUUUUGUCCAGCCUCCUGUUGAGAAGCCAUGUUAAUGUGGUAAGCAUAUUUCUGCAAACAUGAACAAUAAAGAAAAAUGACUAAAAAAAUAUUAGAUAUCUUUCAGCACCAUUCACCAUAUUUUCAUACAAAUGAUCGAUCAGAAUAUAAUCACUACGAUACAGAAAAUAAGAUUCAUAAUGCUCGAUUGUUUGUUUCCCCCUGCUUUAAGCGCACUGAGUGUUCACCGAUUGUCCGAAAUGUUGGCACACAUGUGCAAGCCAAGGUCAGUAAAGGCAAACGAUUAUGCUAAAGCACAGGUGUUCAUUCCGAGCAAGGAAGGUGGCACCUUGGGAAGAGUGGCGAUUGUAAGUGAUUGUUAUUUGAAUACAUAUGCAUAAAUUUCAAAUAAUUCGCGUCGUUGAACAUAUUUGGGCACUCAGUAUUUCUCGUCAGAAAGCUCUCAAAGCCGCGAAGGGCAGCUCCAAUCGAUGUCCAGCUUGUGGACCACUCACAGGCUCUUCAUAGCCCUGUUCCAGCAGCCACUACCAGCUGAAGGUUGGAUCCCACAGAGUUUCGAUGGUCAACAUACGACGCUGUAACUCUUUUUGAAAUGGUAUUGUCUCUAUCUCGGAUUGGUGGGCUAGCUGUCAUAAGUUCAAGCUCGACCUAGAAUGAUUCAUAGUGUCAGUAGCAUCGUAAUACUAGCCACGUACGCUAAGAAUCAGCAGCGAAGUCUGUUGAAACAGAAAGGCCAAAUUGCACAAAACGAAUGUAAUGCCAGUCUCAGUACUUAUAAAAAAAUCCUUCGGCAUUUUAGAACUGUGGCAGUGUGGCAGUGGAUGGAUAAUUUCAUCGACAUAACUGGAAGAUGUGAAUACGAAUGAAAUUUCACUAUUCUAAAUAUCUGAAAUCGUUCUCAUAAGUUGAUAUUUUGUGUGAAUUUCUAUACUUCCAGAAUUGUAAUGAUGCAACUAUGAUAAAGUACGACGAACUCUCGACACACUUAUUCUAACACACAAAUAAAGAACAAAAAGAUAGUAAAAAUUUGUGUGCUUGAAGAAGUACACACGGUACGAAGUACAAUAAUUUUAGUGGGUUUAAUAAUUAACUAGUUAUUAAUCAAUUUACUGAUAAUAUCAGUCAACUGCGCAGGCUAAAAUGAAUGAAACGUGUAAAUUUUUACAUCUUAUCCAAGGUUGCUGAUACUAGCAAUGAAACAAUAUUCGUGGAUUUCACCGGCGAUGCUCUACCCAUGCGGCGAGCAGUGUCUGCUUUAUUCAUUCUUUCCUUCCACUCAGAGAAUUGUACCGCUUGGCAAAGCAAGCCAGCAUCAUAUAUGCAUUCUGUUGGAUCGCAGUGAUGCGUUUCGAUGCGUUUAGGUAGAAAGUAAUUCGGUGGUGCUAAUGACUCGCGUUGAGUCAAUUUUUCUACUCACGGUGAUUCGUUCUCUGUGAUGCUGUAUGGCGGUACAACUGAAUGAAUUCCUUAUAAGAAAGGUAUCGAAUAUUUUUAAUUGUCUUCACUGCACAUUUCUUCGGUGUUUGAUAUACUUCACUCGUGAUUUGUAGCGUUAUUGACAACUUUAAUACCUGCUAGGAUAUGUUAUUGAUUAAUCAUCAAACUGAAAUAGCGUAAUCAAUGGUGCGUUUUUGUGUGUCGUAAGAUAUGUAAUUUUCACUCCUAUUCCGUAUUUCUAUAAUAAGUUCAUUUCGUGUUUCGAUCGAGUUUGACUUUUCCAAACAAAUUAUAACUCAUUCGAAAUGCAAAAUUGGCAUUUUUUAACUCGGUCGAAUGUAGUAAUUUGGAAAUAAUAGUCCCAAGUUUUUGUCAAUUAUUAUUGUCUCUCAUGAUCGUAAAACUAUUAAUAUACCGAUUUCAAAGCCACUCGACGAUCGUUACCUAAAUAAUUAUGAAAAUGUGUGAUGACCCUACCAGUGUUGGUGACUGCCGUUAUUAUUAUGCUUUGGAAGUAACAGUAAACAGUCCCAAGUUUUUGUCAAUUACUAUGUUCUCUCAUGAUCGUAAAACUAUUUAUAUACCAAUUACAAAGCCAUUCGACGAUCAUUACCUAAAUAAUUAUAAAAUAGUGUGAUGACACUACCAGUGUUGGUGAUUGCCGAUAAUUUGACAGAAACUGCUCGAUAUUUAUCUAUAUUGUAUACGAAAUUUUCAAUCCAGUAGAAGAUGCUACAAGAACUCGUGUCUCCCAAUGCAUGAAUCGUGAGAGAAUUUUUCUACAUAUCUUCGCUUUACUUCAUACUCUGAGUAACAGAUCUGCUGGAAAGCUCGUAUCGUUUCUAUGAGAGGGCGCCACUAGAAUUAAAUCCAUGCCAUUUUCAGUUAGUACCAACCUUCAAAAGAUACGUGUAUAAAUUUGACAGCUGUCUGGUUAUUAGUUUGUGAGAUAUUGCAUUUUGAGUGAAGCUACUUUUGUUAUUGCGAAAAAAAUGGAAAAAAGGAAUUUCGUGUGUUGAUGAAACACUACUUUUUGAUGAAAAAAAGUGCCGCCGAUACCAAAAAAUGGCUUGAUGAGUGUUAUCCAGACUCUGCACCGGGCGAAGCAACAAUUCGUAAAUGAUUUGCAAAAUUUCGUACUGGUCAUAUGAGCACCGAAGACGAUGAACGCAGUGGACGUCCAAAAGAGGCUGUUACCGAUGAAAACGUGAAAAAAAUCCACAAAAUGAUUUUCAAUGACCGUAAAGUGAAGUUGAUCGAGAUAGCUGACACCCUAAAGAUAUCAAAGGAACGUGUUGGACAUAUUAUUCACGAAUAUUUGGAUAUGAGAAAGCUUUGUGCAACAACGAAUUGAUGAUUCUGAGCAGUGUUUGGAGCUGUUAUAUUGAAAUAAAACCGAUUUUUUCGUUGAUAUAUAACAAUGGACGAAACAUGGCACGAAACAUCACUUCACUCCGGAGUCCAAUCGACAGUCAGCUAAGAGGACUGCUCGCGAUGAACCGAACCCAAAGCGUGGAAAGACUCAACAAUCGGCCGGUAAGGUUAUGGCGUCUGUAUUUUGGGAUUCGCAUGGUAUAAUUUUCAUCGACUACCUUGAAAAGGAAAAAACCAUCAACAAUUACUAUUAUAUAGCGUUAUUAGAGCGUUUGAAGGACGAAAUUCCAAAAAAACGGCCUCAUUUGAAGAAGAAAAAAGUUUUGUUUCAUCAAGACAAUGCACCGUGUCACAAGUCGAUGAAAACCAUACUGAAAUUGAACGAAUUGGGCUUCGAAUUGCUCCCUCAUCCACCGUAUUCUCCAGAUUUGGCCCCCAGUGACUUUUUCCUGUUCUCAGACCUCAAGAGAAUGCUCGCUGGUAAAAAAUUUAGAAGCAAUGAAGAGGUAAUCGCUGAAACUGAGGCCUAUUUUGAGGAAAAGGACAAAUCGUACUACAAAAAUGGUAUCGAAAAGUUGGAAGAUCGCUAUAAUCGCUGUAUCGCCUCUGAUGGCAAUUAUGUUGAAUAAUAAAAACGAAUUUUGGCAAAAUAAUGUGUGU